AUGUCAAUGAGUUCAUCCGAGGACGUCAGGGCAAGAGUAGAGGAUGUCAGUGCGGAGUUGUGCAAAGUCGAGAGGUCCCUUUCAAAGGGAGAAGAGUAUCUGUUUCUCAAGGGUAAGCUGUUGGAGGAGUACAGGGAUUUGGUUCAAGACAAACUGAUCAUUUUGAAGGCAUGGGAGGACAGGAACUGGAGUGUCUGUCGCGAUGCUCCUGUCAUUACUCGAAGUCUUGUCGAGGGGCCUGCCACCAGUGGUGACAUCGAGGGGCCUACCGCCAGUGGUGAGGUCGAGAGGCCAACCACCAGUGGUGAGGUCGAGGGGCCAACCACCAGUGGUGAGGUCGAGGGGCCAACCACCAGUGGUGAGGUCGAGGGGCCAACCACCAGUGGUGAGGUCGAGGGGCCUACCACCGAUAGCGAAGUUGGGAAGGCUACCACCCCUGGUGGAGCUGAUGCUGUUAUUGCUGAGGAGUCCGUUAAUGAUGAACUGAUCAAGGAUGAUGUAGUGACGGAUGGUCUGCCUGUCACCACACCGGUCAGCGAACCCGAUGAGGCGGCAUCUGCAGAGGUCGAAGGAAAAGAUGGAGUGAUCCCUGGUGCAAUAUCCCUCACCGUUGAGACGGUUGAGGGCUCCGCUGCCCAAUCACUCCGUGCACAUCUAGAGUCCCUAAAGUGCCCCGGAGACAUUCGAACCAUUCGGAAGGCGUUGGUGGCACUGGUCCCCUUGGUUCGCCAGCAGGGCGCUGUAUUCACCUCCAUGGGAGGUAUACAGGUCUUGAAAGCUCUCACUGAGGAAGACUUGGCAAUCGAUCUAGUUGGUCGGGUUUUCUGUUCUCUGUGUGACGAUGACCGAGUAUCUCCUGCCGUUGUAGCGAGUAUUGUGGACCUCGGUUUGCUCAAAGCCGUCCUCCUUGCACUGGUCCGUGAAGGAGUCGCCAGACUAUUGUCGGUGGACCCUCGAAGACUGACGUUAGAGAUUAUUAAUAUCAUAUCGGACAUGGACAGUCAUCAGGAGAUGCUCGAAGUCCCUCUUAGUCUAAUAGUAGACUGCGUUCGAGAGGAGGUCAUCACUGAGGAUAUAGUGAUGGAGAGUAUAUCAUCCUCUUUCGGGAUCAACAGGAGGAGGCCGCACGCGUGCGUUAAUUUGUGUUUUGCAGUGCGUCGACUGGGAGAGUCAGGCCUCACAUUCAACGGUAUUGACUCUCAAGAUUUAGUGGUUAGCAUUGUCAAGUCUCUACAACACGCUCAGAGUGCGCCACGUAUACUGGCUGAAGGGACACUUGCGCUUGAAGUGCUGGGCAAGAUCGACACUGAUUUGCUCGAGAUGGUCCAGGGCGUGUGCCGGUCAGCACUGUCCGAUCCUGGCGUACAGAAGGCUGGCCUUUGGUCCAUUGCUCGUAUGUCUCCCAAACUAUGCCACCAUGGGUCUGUGGACCUACGGCUGGCAAGAGUCACUGUGGAUCUCUGUAUCAAGGCCAUGGGGCGUUACUCUCAUGACCGAGAUGUGGUAUUAGUAGCGAUGGGAUGUCUGCUGGAGGAAAUGCGGUGCUUUGGCGACGAUGAGGAGGCAUGGGAAGCCAUAGUCCAGUAUGGAUUCAGAGCUGGUAUUGUUAUUCUGUUGGAGGAGAUCAUUGUCGAGCAUGGCCCAGAAAACCCUAGACUAGCCAUCAUGGCAGGAGAGAUCAUACGGACGGUCAGACGCCGAAUACCAUGCGACAAAUCUCCGUUACCGUUUACUUCAUCUCCACCCAUGGGUCGGCCCUUUGGGGAUGUACCAAGUGAAGAAGUACCCACCAUAGAGCAGGGCGAGCCACUUCCCAUAGGCCGUGGUAUCCUCAAGCCACAUAGUAUGGACGCUUCGCCAUUGGAGGGUAGGCUGUUCUGAAUAUUCAUCAUUUGUUUCGGUAGAGUUCUGGUGGUGCUCAUAAGGUAGAACACGGUCGGUAUCAUUCAAGACGCCAUCUCCAAGCGACACUCGGAUCUAUCAUGUAACGCCCCAGAGUGCAUCUACUGAUUCUCCGGCACCUUCGGCUUCCCUCGAUUUUGACAAGGACGAAUUAGCAGACGAUGAUGUCGUCAAUGGGAGCCUUGCUGGUUCUGAUCGUGAAGACACA